AUGUCUUUCCGGGGCCACGAUGAAGGUGAAACUUCUACUAAAAGAGAAAACUUUGUAGAACUCUUACAAUGGUAUGCAGAUAGGGAUGAUGAAGUGAAAAAAGUUGUGCUACAAAGUGCUCCACAAAAUAACAUGAUGAUUGCUCCAAAUAUCCAAAAAGAGAUCGUGAAUGCUUGUGCGAAAGAAAUAAUUAAAGCAAUAGUUGAAGAUUUAAAUGGAUAUUAUUUUGGAAAUUUGGUUGAUGAAUCUAAGGACGUCUCUCAUAAGGAACAAAUGGCUCUUGUUCUGCGUUCUUUUAAGCGUAGGAAUAUGCUACGAGAGGAUCAUGCAAAAAAACUAGAGGAGCUACAAGUGCUUGGUGAAGUUCAUACAGGAAGUGGACUAAAUCAAGAACUUGGACUCCAAAGGCCAGGUGAUACCCGAUGGGGUUCUCAUUUUAAGACAGUGCGUAACUUUAUUGCAUUAUUCUCGUCAAUCAUUAAUGUACUUGAGUUUCUUGCAAGUGAGGGUGCAAAUUAUCUUGAGAGAUCAGUGGCAAAAAGUCUAGUGAAUGACAUAAGAUCUUUUGAGUUUGUGCAUAUGAUGCAUUUGAUGUUAAAAUUAUUAGCAAUCACAAAUGAUUUGAAUAUAGCUUUGCAAAGAAAAGAUCAGGAUAUUGUAAAUGCUAUAAAGCUUGUUGGUUUCGCCAAGAGGCAAUUGCAAGUGAUGAGAGAAUCUAAAUGGGAAUCUUUGAUAGAUGACGCCUCUUCAUUUUGUUCCAAGCAUGAUAUUGUGAUCCCUGAAAUGGAUAAGAACUAUCAUCUUGGAAAGUCAAAGCGUAGGAGUUCAAGUGUUGCAUAUUCUCAUCAUUUGCGUGUCGAAGUUUUAAAUACUAUUAUUGAUUUGCAACUUUCGGAGCUUAACAGUCGUUUUGAUGCGGUGAAUAUUAAUCUACUUCUUGGUAUGGCUAGUUUGAGUCCGGAUAAUUCUUUUGCAAAUUAUGAUAAAGACAGAAUUAUGAAACUUGCUACACUUUAUCCUCAUGAGUUUAGUUCAGUUACGAGCUUGACAACUAUAUUCUCUUUAUGA